AAUGAUUGGAAAAAAGGAAAUACAAAUUUCGAAUGCCACUCGAGAUAGAGUUGAAGCAUGUAGAUUAUACAUAGAACGUAUUCAUUUAUUAGUAUUUUUUGUUUAGGCAAAUAUGCAAAAUAAAUAUAAGAAGAAUAAUAAUAAUUAGAAGGUUGGUAGUAAUUAUCUAAACUUAUGGAUGCUCUGCAUAUGAAUCCAAAGGAAUAAGAAGUUAUUAAAAAAGAAAUUUUAAAAAAAGAAGCAGAAUAAAUGAGGAAAAAGUAUUCAAAAUUUCAAAUUUUAUAGGCGGACUAAAUUGAGCAUUGAGGAUUUUCAACCUCUAGCUAUUAUAGGCAGGGGAGCCUUUGGGGAAGUAAGAUUAUGCAGGCAUGUACCCUCUUAAUAAAUUGUUGCAGUCAAGAAAAUGAAAAAACAUGAAAUGAUUUUUAAGAAUUAAAUUGGUCAUGUGACUAACGAAAGAAAAGUCUUAGAAGAAGCAAAAGGAAAUAAUUGGAUUGUCGAAAUGAAAUGUUCAUUUUAAGAUGAAAAAAAUUUAUAUUUAGUUAUGGAAUAUUUACCAGGUGGUGAUUUGAUGACAUUACUUAUGAAAAAAGAUAUAUUAUCAGAAGCUGAGGCUCGCUUUUACAUGGCAGAACUAGUAUAAGCUGUUGCUUCAGUUCAUAAAUUAGGAUUUAUACAUAGAGAUUUGAAGCCAGACAAUAUUUUAUUGGAUAACAACGGACACAUAAAACUGUCUGAUUUUGGUUUAUGUAAAGACGCUGAAAUACACUUCGAUAAACCUGUAUUUUCUUAAAAAUUUAAAUCUAAAUAGACUAGGAGAGAAGUAAGAUAAUUAAAUAUAGUAUAGAAAGCAUUUUCAACCGUUGGGACUCCUGAUUAUAUUGCACCUGAAGUAUUUUUGUAAUAAGGAUAUGAUGGAUCAGUAGAUUGGUGGAGCGUUGGAGUCAUUUUAUAUGAAAUGUUGGUAGGAUAUCCUCCAUUUUAUACUGAUGAUCCUUCAACAACUUGCCAAAGAAUAAUUAGAUUUUAAUAAUGUUUUGCAUUCCCAGAGGAACCAAAGGUGUCUUAAUUAGCUAAAGAUUUAAUUAGUAAGUUGGUAUGUGAUGCAAAUACACGUCUAACAUAUGACUAAAUUAUCAGGCAUCCUUGGUUUGGUGGUUUGUCGAUAUUAAAAGUAAGAGAUAUGAAGGCACCUUAUAUUCCAACUAUUAGAAGUGAAUUAGAUACUAGCAAUUUUGAUAAAUAUGAGGAGGAGGAGCCUUGGAUUAACAAGGGGUAGAAGAGCACUAAGAAAGAAAUGACUUUUGUGGGAUAUACUUAUAAGCAAGAUGAUUUUGAAGAAAAGAGACCAAUUUAAAAGGCUCUUGAAGAAUUAGAGUAAUCAAGACCGUCUAAUUCAAGAGGGAAUACAAAGACUACUAAUUCUCCUUUUUAAAGUCCCAAUUUAUAAUUUAAAAGUCAAUUAAGCAAAUAAACUCCUUUAACUCAAUAGAUUAAAACCGUUAGUGCUACCUAAUCACCUUUUACCAAAUAAUAAACUGUUUCUCCUAUGCCUUUAAGUAAAAACCAAAAUUUUCAAAAAUCUUUCUUAAAUAACAGACUUCAAACAGAAUAAAACGAGAGCUUCCAUAAUACUAAUUAAUAAUAGAAUUUAAUUACGCAGGGCAACAUAGGGAACUUCAAUAAUGAAAAUACAAAUCCAAAUUCCAAUGCUCAAAAUAUUAAAAACUUUAUUUUUUCGAAGAUUUAAUAACACACAAGUAAUUAACCACAAACCUCUAACUUCAGCAAUAUUUAAAAGAAUGUUCAAUUUAAUGAGCUUUAAAAACUUGUUUAAAAUCAAAAACUUAGACCAGAUAAACCGGAUUAAGAGUAAACAAAAAUGUUUAGUAAUACAAACAACAACAUAAGUUCAUUAAAGUAAAAUAUCAUCAAUUAAUUCAGAGCUGUCAGUCCUUUAACAAAACGAUGA